UGCCCAGCCCCUGUAGGAGGAUCAGAAGAAGUUCAAGGUCAUCCUCAGCGGUGUAGCAAGUUGGAGGUCAGCUUGAGUUUCCCUAGUUGCUGUGUAGCACUUGGAUGGAGUCCAGGGGCUCAUGGGUGCUAGGCAGGCCCUUCUCCACUGAGACAGGAGAGGAGCUUCUCUUAGAUCAACAGCAGCUGUGUGUCUUCUUUGGCUGGCAGUGAGUUUGCACUUCGAGGAUGUUAAUGCUCGGGUGGCUGCUACGCUGGUCUAGACUGUCUCCUUCACUGAUGGCCUCUACUAUCCUGUCCCCCACCAUAACCUAACAGGCCAGGCAGAGGUGCUUUGUAGAACACCUGUGGAACAUGGGCCCCAGGGUUGUCAAGGGAACAGGCUGCAUGGCAUGCAUAUUUGCAACCCAUCCUCCAGCUGCUCUUGUGGCCCUGCUGAGAGACCGAGGGUCACUGUGUGUGCAGGCAUUCUUCAUCCCCGAUGGCUCUAGUUGCAGUAGGCACCCAGUUCCAACUGCAUCCGUGCUCGGUACUGUGGUGAUCUUUGCUUUUGUGGGAGUUUCAGGUCAUGGGGAGAGACUGAGAGUGAGCUAGUAAAGAACACGCAAAGCCAGGAAUUGCAGAUUGUGGUUAUCCGGGAAAACACAGCGAGGGGCUGGGAAGGUGGGGUUUACGCAGCAUGACGCGGCAGGAGAUCUUUGUGUUGGAGCUGAAGCCUGCAUGAUGCAGUGAGCAAUCCACCCAAAAGGCAAAGAAAGAACAGAAAACUCAGUGCAUGUGCAAAGGUCCUGAUGUAGAAUCAGCCUGACAUGACUGAAGAGCAGGGUCUGUAUGGCUGUAGUUACUUAAGAGGAGGCCAGACUGCUGUGAAGGAUGACCUCAGCCUCUGGUUGGGUCAGGACUUAGCACUCAUUUUGGGGACCCCUUUGUGUUCCCCAGGACAGUUUGUUUCUGUGUCCCCUCACAGGCAGUAGGUGAAAGAAGGGCUUUCUGGUUCUGUUUGUUCUGCAGUGGACUCCAGGCCGUUUUGCUUUACCUCCUGAGUGCUGGAACACACUGAGCACCGCCACGCCCAGCGUGGCCCCCAGUUUUGCUCACCUUCAUCACUGUUAAUGCUGCCACUCAUGUCCCCAAACUGGAGAUGCUGAGCUGUGGAUUCCUGAGGCCAGGGUGGUUCUGUAGGCCAUGGGAUUGUUGCCAGAGCCCAGAUAAUACUAGAGGACCCCACAGGCCACAGCAGGCCCCCAAGGAGCAGCCCAGUCCCCUUACCUCCUUCAGUCUUAGUGGUGCUGAUGACUGGAAGCCCCACCCGAGUGAGGUGUGGAGGCUGGCUUAGAUAAGGAUGCUUACCACCCACACACUGGGGCUCUGGCCAGGAAAGCGGCAGGUGCAGGUCACACCCACUCUACCAGACCGCCGGAUCCUUCUUGAGAAAGCCUGGUGUCUUGAGGGUGGAUACCUUGCCAAGGCAGAAGAGGCUGUCAGUGUCUUCCUUACUUAGCCACAUUGUGCAGAGCUGUGUGUGCUGAUCUGGAUUCAUGAGAAAAGAGCCAAAGGGUUGAGGGUGCUGCUGUGCCCUCUUGAGCCUGGUUUGUCUGCAGUGUGUGGCACUGACUGUUGCUGUCUUUCCCCGAGGUCCUCUGUGAGCUGCUGAGCUGUGUGCUUCUUCUCGAAGCUGGCUGCGCCCCCUCUAAGAGCAUGCGCUGGUCCAUGGGCACCAGGCCAGUUCUUCAUGUGAUGUGCCAGCCUCCAGUCCCAGAGCCAUGGGGGAGAUGAGGUAGCCCUUGGGUUUGAUUUGGGGAAGCCCAGUUCAAUGGAUACGAAGUACAAGGAUGACUUAUUCCGGAAGUACGUGCAGUUCCAUGAGGGCAAAGUGGACACCACCCCCAGCAACCAGCAGCCUGGCAGCGAUGAGUACCUGCGUGUGGCAGCUGCCACCCUGCUCAGCCUCCACAAGGUGGACCCUUUAUAUCGAUUUCGGCUGAUCCAGUUUUAUGAGGUGGUGGAGAGCUCCCUCCGCUCGCUGAGCAGCUCCAGCCUGAGCGCUCUGCACUGCGCCUUCAGCAUGCUGGAGACAGUGGCCAUCAACCUCUUCCUGUUCCCCUGGAAGAAGGAGUUCCGCAGCAUCAAGACCUACACGGGCCCUUUUGUUUACUAUGUCAAGUCCACGUUGCUGGAGAAGGACAUCCGAGCCAUUCUAAGGUUCAUGGGCUACGAGCCUGAGUUGGGGACUGUGUACAAACUCAAAGAGCUUGUGGAGUCCCUCCAGGUGAAGAUGGUCUCCUUUGAGCUCUUCCUGGCCAAGGUCGAGUGUGAGCAGAUGCUGGGGAUCCACUCUCAGGUGAGGGACAAGGGCUACUCAGAGCUGGACGUGGUGGCUGAGCGCAAGAGCAGCACGGAGGAUGCACGCGGGUGCUCAGAUGCCCUGCGGAGGCGGGCUGAGAGUCGGGAGCACCUGACCACUUCCAUGGCUCGUGUGGCACUCCAGAAGUCAGCCAGUGAGCGAGCAGCCAAGGACUACUACAAGCCCCGAGUGACCAAACCCUCCAGGUCGGUGGAUGCAUACGACAGCUACUGGGAGAGCAGGAAGCCCCCCUCAAAGGCCUCACUGAGUCUGCGCAAGGAGCCCUUGGCCAUGGAUGUAGGGGAAGACUUGAAGGAUGAGAUCAUCCGCCCAUCCCCCUCAUUGCUGGCCAUGUCCAGCUCCCCCCAUGGUAGCCCUGAUGACCUUCCCUCCAUCUCCUCCAUCAAUGGCCUUGGCCUUCUUCGUAGUACCUACUUUUCCACUCAGGAUGAUGUGGACCUGUAUACGGAUUCAGAACCCAGGGCUACCUACCGAAGGCAGGAUGCUCUGCGGCCCGAUGUAUGGCUGGUCAAAAAUGAUACCCACCCCAUCUACCACAAGCGUUCACCCCCCACCAAAGAGUCUGCCCUCUCCAAGUGCCAAAACUGCGGCCUGUCCUGCAGCUCCUCCCUCUGCCAGCGCUGUGACAGUGUGCUGGUCUGUCCUUCGGCCUCCAAGCCCAGCGCUUUCCCUAGCAAGGCUUCUAUACACGACAGCUUGGCCCACGGGGCACCUAUGCGGGAGAAGUAUGUGGGUCAGACUCAGGGCCUUGACCGGCUGGCACCUGUCCACUCAAAGCCCAAGCCCUCUACCACAGCCACCUCCCGCUGUGGCUUCUGUAACCGUGCUGGUGCCACCAACACGUGCACCCAGUGUUCAAAAGUUUCCUGUGACACCUGCCUUGGCGCCUACCACUAUGACCCGUGCUGCAGAAAGAGUGAGCUGCACAAGUUCAUGCCCAACAAUCAGCUGAAUUACAAAUCCACCCAGUUCUCCCAUCUCGUGUACAGAUAGGCCCCAACCCCCAUCCUCCGCUACAAGGGCUACAUACCACUGACCUGGCUUGGUCCCAUCAAGAGGUAACAGAGCUGGUACCAGAAGGAAGCAGAGACUCGAGCUUGACCGUGGAAGCACCAGGGUUACUGCUCUGUCACAGGGCUCGCUUAGCAGGUCACAUGCCACCCUGCGGCUGCUGUGUGGUCCGAAGGACAGGAUGGCACUUCCAUGCAGUCACUUCGUUGCCCUCUUCACUCCCUGCUCAGCUGGUUUGGGUUUGGGCUCUGGUUCUGGUUCCUUUGAAAUAAGGUGUCUGUCUCUGGAACUCUUGCCACACCUGCCCCACCCACUGCAAAGCCAGCUAGGACUGGGAAGGAGCCUUCGGGGUCACCUUCAAAUCCCCACCAGGAGUGGCGAGCUAGAGGCCUGCUGGCUUGUGAAAUGAGCCCUCCUGCCACACCGGGCCUCUCUGGUGGCUCACCUCUUUUCCUGCUCUCUUGAUACAAGGAUCCCUAGGCAGAUGUCCCCACCCCUUGUCUGCCCCCUGACUGGUAUUUAUGGGGAGCCAAGUUCAGUAUUAGUCGAAUACCAUCUUGCCAGCUCCACUCAAUCAGCCCACAAUGUUGGCAAGCUCUGCUUGGCAGUUGGAAAGUGGACUCCAUAGAAGGACUGAUGUCCCCUCCUUUUUGCAUAACCCCCUCUUAUUGUACAUACAGAAUUUGAGGUUUAUUUUUUAAUGAGUGUUCAACUUGCUGUGUGUUUCAACAUGGUGAAAGAAAUUAAUGAUAUGGUAUUUAUUAAGGUGCCCUGGGUUCUUUAGUCUUCCAAGGGGGGCUGCAUGUCCUUUCCCGGUGUUUCUUCCACUGCUAGGGUGGAGCUGGGAGCCUCGGGGGUAAGGGACUGAUAAAGCCCAUGUUCCUUCCCAUGGUGGUAGAGAGCUACUGUCUUCCCUACAGUAAAUAUCAUACACCUACCUCCAGUGUGCACACGGGNG